AUGCCGGCUGGUGGUCUGGCUGGCUCUGUUGACUCCGUUGACUCUGUUGACCACUUGUGCCGUUCACCUCUGCUUGUCCUGUGCGUGCUGACGUGGCAGGUGGCAAAGCAACGGAGGGCCAGCAACGUCCCGUACCCCAAGAUGUACGAGGACAAGGAGGACAGCCUGUUCAACUGCUAUCAGCGCGCCCAUCAGAACACCCUCGAGAGCUACCCCGCCUUCCUCUCGCUGCUCCUCAUUGCUGGAUACGCCUACCCCAUCACUGCCUCCGCGUGUGGAAUGGUGUGGGUGAUUGGCCGUGUCUUCUACUCACUCGGCUAUUACACGGGCAACCCGCGCAACAGGGUGCAGGGCAUGUGGGGCACGUUCGGCCUGCUGGGUCUGCUUGUGACUGCCGGGGUCUUUGGGGUGCGCCAGCUGCUGUGA